GCAGGGAGCUGGAUGGCAGGGUUGGAGCCCUUCCCCUUUCUCAGGUGUUUCCCAUCCUCCUAAGGGGUGGACUUCCCAAAAGGACGACCAGGACUGCUGAGCUGCCUGCCAUCCCAAAGCCCAGCUGCAAGCCAGUGUGGUGGGGGCUCCACCUGGGCCACCUGCAUGGAAGCCAGGCGGCAACUGUGCCCACCUGGGGUCCUGUGGCUGGCCUUUGCCUCUCUGAUAAGCUGUCUGCUCGCCACUGGCCAAGCGAAGGUCUAUAGUCGCUGUGAACUGGUCAGAGUGCUACAGACUUUUGGCCUGGAGGGAUACAGGGGCUACAGCCUGGCUGACUGGAUCUGUCUAGCUUAUUUUGCAAGCGGAUUUGACGCAGGUGCUUUGGACUAUGAACCUGAUGGAAGCACCAACUAUGGCAUCUUCCAGAUUAACAGCCGGAAGUGGUGCAGAAAUCUCAGUGAAAAUGCCACCAAUGGAUGCCACAUGUACUGCACCGAUUUACUAAAUCCCAAUCUCAAAGACACUGUGAUCUGUGCCAUGAAGAUAAGUCAAGAGACCCAGGGUCUGAGCAGCUGGGAGGCCUGGAGGCACCACUGCCAGGGCCAGGACCUCAGCGACUGGGUGGAUGGCUGUGACUUCUAGGGUCCUGUCUGGAUGGACCAGGCCAGGCCCUGCAGGCGGGGAGAUGUGGUUUGGGUCCUGCCCCAGGCAUGAAGACAAACCAACUAAUAAAGAAUUUUUUGAC